AAAUUGAUUGGAAGCCAUAUAUAGAUGUAGAAACGGUGUUGGUUUGAAAUUUGCGGAUUGUAAGGAGGUGCGAUGAAUCACACCCAUUAAUUUCAUUCGCAUAAAGAUCUCGUGAAUCCUAUACAUAUCCAGUAAUUAUGAUUGUUUCGUAGGAGGAAGAGGAAGAAGAAAGAGGGGGGAAGAAGAAAGAUCCAGUUUCUAAUCUUGAAUCUUCCCUUCCAUCAUCAUCAUCAUCAUCAUCAUCAUCGAUCCAAUCUUCUAAUCGACUGAUUUGAUCCAUACCCAUCUACCCUCUUUCAAUCCACUCUCGUUUCUGCAGCCCAUCGAUCAUGGGUUUGAGGAAUCUCCUCAAUCGGAAGAAUAAGAACAGUAAGGAGAAAACCAGUGAAAAGGGUGUCGUUGAAGACACCGAACUCAUGAACACGACACCAGCCGCAUCUCGUGUCGACUCGUACGACGCUCAUGUGCGGAUCGAGGAGGAAUUGGAACAGGUGUUUAAGAAAUUCGAUGUUAACGGUGAUGGGAAGAUCUCGUCGUCGGAGUUGGGAUCGAUCAUGGGAAGCCUUGGUCAGCGGCCAUCGGAGGACGAGUUAAAGAAAAUGAUCCUGGAUGUGGACGCGGAUGGUGACGGUUUCAUUGAUUUACAAGAGUUCAUCGAGUUGAACACGAAAGGGAUCGAUUCCGCGGAGUUGAUGGAGAAUCUGAAAGACGCGUUUUCUGUUUUCGACAUCGACAAAAACGGGUCCAUCACGGCGGAGGAGUUGCAGAACGUUUUGGGUAGUUUGGGGGAGGAUUGCAGCCUUGGAGAGUGCCGGAGAAUGAUCGACGGCGUCGACCAGGAUGGGGAUGGUAUGAUCAGCUUUGAUGAAUUCAAGGUGAUGAUGAUGGGGCCACGAAUCGUUGCAAUUGACCAUGAGAUGACGCUCCAACAUCCAUCGAAUUGAUUUAUUAUCGAUGGUAAUCAUCAAACAAAUAUUCCCCAAAAUUGAAAGAAAUUCUGUCAUCAUCUUCAACCUCUUUCUCCUCCAUGUUCUUGCAGAAAUUUUGGGUUUCAUUCUUUCUGCAAAGAAUCAUGAUCAUAAGCUUAUAUUAUCAAUAUAAUUGAUCUUCAUUUUCAAC